UGCCCCGAAAAUCCAAGAAGUUUGAAGCGGCCACACCAAAAUGAGAACAAAGGACUUUCUUUUUUUCACCAACAUGACCGUCUUUUUCUGUAGGCCCGUUCCUUUCUCCGCAGGCUCGGCUCAGUCAACACUGCAGUCAAAGUUCCCCUACAUCCUGUGUUCCGUUCGCCAUGUUUUGAUGUUUUGGCUGUCGCUCAUCAUAAGCCUGGUCGUGGUUGAGAACUGCCAGGUGGAAUACGUGAAGAGCAGAUAUGCAUGCCUUCCUGACUCACCUGACCAGAACCACGAUCAAACCCAGCUGGAAAUUUUGGCGCAGGUAGCGCUGUACUUGAUGAGCCCAAUGACUGUUAAAGCUUCAAACAAGACAAAUGUAAAUAUCAUUCUGCCCCCACUAGCGAAAAUGAAUGAAAAUGCGUCUGACAUAGAGGCUGUCAAAAUGCCUGAGUUGCUUGGGAUGACCUGUGGCAAGGAUGUAGAGGAUUUUCCCAACGCAUGCAGCGGCGUGGUCCCAGUCCAGGUUACAUUGUUGAAUCCAUCGAUGUUACCUGUAGUUAAAAAGAAAGGUAUAGAAUUGAACGACAUCCCGGAUGGCAAUGAGUUCAUCCAGCGUGAAUCCAAGACAUAUGGCAUGGGCAUGUACUUCUACAGCACCUAUGAGGAGAAGACUGGAAAGGUCCGUGAAGUGAUUGAUUUGCGGUUCGCGCUGGGGGGUGAUGACCUCUGCUCAGCAGAAGUCCGACUCACUUCCGGCGAGUGUUUCGGCAUGAAGGUGGGUGGCAAGCCGCGGGCCCCGGCCGAUCCACCGAAGCCACCGGCGUUGAAAGAUGUGAGGCCGGAACUGCCCCAACUCCACGCAAAACGAGUCCCUGGUUUGGGGGCAGGACCUAUUAUUUUGAUUGUGGUGCUGCUGCUGGUUCUGCUAGUGGUGGCGGCUUUCUUUUCGCGGCGCCAGGGGCUGAUACAGGAAGAACGGGCUCUGCGCGGCGCACAGGAAGUUGAACUCAAUUGAGAAGACGCCAAUGAAUUCUUUUAAGAAUAUCCACGAAAUCAUUUGCCGCACCAUGACUUGAAUGAUGAAAGUCCACACCAACCUAGACAAAAAAAACUGUCGUGGGACUUGGAAUUUCACCGGCAUCAGCCACUGACGCUUGCUUCAGCUGCUCAAAAGGUUCAAAGCGCACGCUUGGAACCAUGACUGGGGCAUUUUGGGACAGCUCCCCUGCAAUUUGGCACGCAUACCACCAAAGAUCUUUGGCCUAACAUUGAGUCUUCCAAGCGUUUCAGGUUGAACUACACCGGGGAUCACCUUGAGGAUUUCCCAGCCUGUCGGCCUGUCGUGUUUAAUUUCCAGGUAUUCCUGCUGAGACCCCAGGCGCUCCAGCAGAGGAGGCCGUGAAGGUAGCUACUGUGCCCGCGGCUGCUUUGCGAGAGGAAUUGGCUCACUAGAUGUGAGAAUCGGGGUUUCCCACCUGAAUCAAAUUCUGCGCCCAGCUCGUCUCGAGUUUGCGACCUAGACUAUUUGUUUUGCCGUUGUGAUAUUGCUUGUAUUUAGAAGAUUGACCCAAUGCUUGGCAUGUCUACUUGAAUUGGCCGGCACUGGGAUCAGCUGGAGGCAGACGUCCUAAGUGCCGUUUUUGAUCAGACAAUUUGUCGGGGCUCAGCGAGCGAGAAUAUUUU